AACAGUGGUUUCCAAUUGAUUUGUAAUCAUAUUAUGAAUACAGUCUUACUGUUACUGUAUUUGUAUUACUCAUCCAUUUGUUGCCAUUUCAGUGCGAAUUGAUUUGAAUUGCAUUCACUUGUCAUCGAAACUAUCAUUCAUUAGUAGUAUUGAGUGAAUUGAUUGCCAACUGUUCAACACAUUGUCAUCAAAUAGUAGGAAUAUCUUAGGUGUGGAUGAUGUCUGGCUUCUUAAAGUUAUUCGGAGGGAAAGGCGGGUCGAAACAGGCGGCGCCCACACCCGCCGAAGCCAUUCAGAAACUGCGAGAAGUGGAGGAAAUGCUUCAUAAGAAACAGGAAUACCUCGAGAAGAAGCAGAACGAAGAGUUAGAUGUGUCGACGAUGUCUGGCUUCUUAAAGUUAUUCGGAGGGAAAGGCGGGUCGAAACAGGCGGCGCCCACACCCGCCGAAGCCAUUCAGAAACUGCGAGAAGUGGAGGAAAUGCUUCAUAAGAAACAGGAAUACCUCGAGAAGAAGCAGAACGAAGAACUGCGAGAAGUGGAGGAAAUGCUUCAUAAGAAACAGGAAUACCUCGAGAAGAAGCAGAACGAAGAGUUAGAUGUGAUCCGAAAGAAUGGCACCAAAAAUAAAAGAGUGAGUCUUCAGGCACUCAAACGUAAGAAGAGAAUCGAUAAACAAUUGGAACAAAUCGACGGGACGCUCACAACCAUUGAGUAUCAACGCGAGGCCCUCGAGAACGCCAACACCAACACUGAAGUGCUUAAGAUUAUGGGUCACGCGGCCAAAGCUCUUAAGCAAACGCAUAACAACAUGGAUAUCGAUAAGGUGGAAGACCUGAUGGACGAAGUGAGGGAACAGCAACAGAUCGCAGAGGAGAUCAGUCAAGUGAUCUCUAAUCCCAUUGGUUUCGGUCAGGAGGUCGAUGAGGACGACUUACUUAAGGAGUUGGAAGAGAUGGAACAGGAAGAGCUCGACAAACAACUGUUGGACACAACACCCGAACACCUGCCAGAAGUGCCCGCAGAAGUGCCGGUGGCGGCGCCCCGUACAAAAGCAAAAGAAAAGGAAGAGUCGGAUGAGUUGAAAGAGUUGGCCGAAUGGGCUAAUUAGACAUCACUUAUAUUAUAAGAUAUUAUAUAUACAGUAAAUAUUAAAUUUAUAAUUAUAAUUGUAACUUAAAAACAAAUAGUUUUAUUGAUUUAAUUGAAUUUAAUGUUAAGACAAUUAUAAAAGUAUUUUCAAAAUAACAUCAAUUUCUAAGUAAUAUUUUGCACAGAAGUGAAAUCAAAUUUAUUUACAAAUGUGUGUCAACUGGACUCAGA